ACACACAGUGUAAGUUUUGCUUUGUAAGCCAUAAGCAUAAGGAACUGAAAAGAAGAGUUUCGAUCAGAGCUCAGACAAAAAUGAACAGCUCCUAUAGUGACAAUGAUUCAUCACCAGACAGCUGGUCGUCUGCAGGGAACAUCGUAGCCUGCGUGAUCCUGGGGGUGUGUUUUCUGGUGGGCACACCUGGCAACCUGCUGGUGGUGUGGACCAUCUUGAAGCACGUCAAGCAGCGGUCACAUACGGUGCUGCUCAUCCUCCACCUUGCGGUCGCCGAUCUUCUGGUGCUGGUCACUCUGCCGCUGUGGAUCUACUCGCUGGCCCGUUCCUGGGUGUUUGGAGAGGCCGCCUGCAAAGCCAUGGUGUACAUCAUCAAUGCCUGCAUGUACAGCAGCGUCUUCAUCAUCACCGUCAUGAGCGUGGAGCGCUUCCUGGCUGUCAGAUACCCCUUAAAGAUGCUGCGCUGGCAAAACAGGAUGUCCAUGUCUGGAAUACUGGGAGGGACCUGGAUUCUGUCAUUUAUUUUGGGGAUUCCAGUAAUCUUAACCCAAUAUGUUGAUGAAGGUAACAAUGACGAAGGAGUGAAACAUUGCUUCUCCCGGGAGUACAACUCUGUGUCCUUUGAAGUGUUUUGUAUGUGUUUAGAGACUUUGCUUGGCUUUGUUAUUCCGUUUCUCACACUUGCUCUCUGCUACUGUCAGGUUGCUGUACAGCUCAGAAAGGUGCGCUUUAGGACCAAAAAAACAGCCUUCCUCAUUUGUGGAGUGGUCGUGGCCUUCAUUUUGUGUUGGUUACCCCACCACAUUCUCAAUGUAGUAGAGAUAGUGGUUCUUCUAGUAGGAGAGCCAGAUCAACGGUCUGAGAUCACAAAUAGUGUUGUAUUCAUUUCUGGAGCUCUGGCAUUUAUCAGUAGCUCAAUAAACCCUGUGCUGUAUGCAUUUGCUUCUAAAAACUUCAAUGGAAGUCUGAAGAAGUCUGGGAUAGUCAAGCUGUUUCAGGAAUUAACAACACAAACACAGCAAGGCUUCUUACAGGAUUCAGGACUGCAAGAAGGAAUGAUCCUGGAAGAGCCCAGCUGCGGUGAACAAGAGAAAUCUCACAGAUGUCUGAGUAACUGUUGGACUUAUUAGAAAUGUUGAUAUAGUUCUUAACGGUCAACUUUAUUUAAAUGGCAUAAUAUUUCUUUUUCUUGUUUUUAAUUUGUUUAAAUGCCACAAUAUUCUUGUUUGUUAAUAGUCAGAAAAGUUUAAAUGCCACAAUAUUCUUUUUUUUAUCAUUAAAAGCAUUGAAAUUUAAUUUUUUUUUUUUUUUGUGAUCGGAAAUUGAUGAGGAUAUCAAUAACACUUGUUUAAAUGCCACAAUAUCUCAAACAUUUAUGAUCCAAGUUGUUUAAAACGCCAUAAUAGUUGAUUUUUUGUAUUUUGUAUUUUUUGUUAAAUGUCAUAAUACUUGAAAAUGGGUUGAAAAUGCAUUAGAAGAAUAAAUCCAUAAAUAAAGUU